CACCCUGGUCUCUGGUAGAUAUUAGACGUUCGGGAUUUCCAGGUAUGUAAGAUUGUUAGCCUUCAGGCUGUCGAAGUGCUUUGCAACUCUAAGGCUAAGUCGAAAGCCAAAACUACUUUUAAGCCACAUCGCUCCUAAGAUGCCUUCAAUCAAGCGCAAUCGUAUCGAAGAUGUCCAUGAAGACGGGGACGCCAACAUCAUUGGCGGACACGCCAGUGCCAGGUCGAGGCUUCUGGAGCCCUUGAUUUAUUCCGGGUCGCUGGAUAGCUUCCAACACCAAGACUUAACCCCAGUCAUCGGAAGAGAAUUCGAAGGUCUCCAGGUGACCGAUCUGCUUCGAUGGGGUGAUGCUAUGAUCAAAGAUCUGGCUAUCACGGUAUCACAACGCGGCGUCGUAUUUCUGAGGAACCAAGAUGUCACACCAACUCAGAUGAAAGACCUGAUGUUGCGCAUAACUGAGCUAUCAGGUUGUCCCUCAUCAUCUGGACUCCAUGUGCACCCCCUUACCGAAGAAGGCUCCGAACUGGGAGAUCAGAUCUCUGUCAUAAGCAGCGAAAAGCAGAAGAAAGGUGGUGGUCUCACUCACCAACUCUCGGAUGUCAGUCGUUUCGCAUCUGCAGGCUGGCAUAGUGACAUUACUUUUGAACCAGUACCGUCAGACUAUGCGAUGUUGAAAAUUCAUACCCUACCAGCAACAGGUGGUGACACGCUGUGGGCGUCCGGCUACGAAAUUUACGACCGCCUCUCUCCCGCCAUGCGGUCAUUCCUGGAGGGUCUGACUGCGACGCACGACGCGAAGUUUUUUCUAGAAGAAGCAGAGCGGCUAGGAAAUCCAUUGAGGAAGGGUGUCCGUGGUAAUCCAUUAAACCAGGGGGACGCACUCACAGCCACACACCCAGUCAUAAGAACAAAUCCUGUGACGGGUUGGAAAUCAGUAUACGUGAACAAAGGAUUUACCAAACGUAUCAAUGGCGUCACGAAGGACGAAUCCGACCUCAUUCUGCCGUAUCUGUUCAACCUUGUAACGCAGAACCACGAUGCGCAGGUGCGGUUUAAGUGGCGGCCGAAUGACUUGGCUAUUUGGGAUAACCGUAGUACGUGGCAUUGUGCGACAUAUGACUAUGAUGAAGCCAGGGCAGGCGAUCGAGUGGCUAGCCUGGGCGAGGCACCGUAUCUAGAUCUGGGAAGUCAAGGGAGGAGGGAGGCUUUGGGGCUAAGAUAGGCGAUCCUCUAUUGUAGACAUUUAUUCACGCGUUGACGCGCGGAAAGC